AUGAGCUUCCCACCACCUGGUUCCGGCCAAUACCCGCAUUAUCUACCGCCGCCACCGUAUCAACACGGGCAAAUCCCCCCGCAGAUACUGUACAAUAAUGCCCAUCCUCUGCCGCCCCCAUACGAUGUCUAUGGCAAACCAGCAUUGUAUCCUUCGGCUAUGACACCAUAUCCUUCAUACCCAUCGACAUAUACUCCACAUCCGCAGUCACGGCAGCAGCAGCAGACGCGUCCUCCGCAAACUCCCCCGCAGCAGCCGCUCCAAUUACCACCACAAGCUCUCCAACCACGGCCGCAGCAAGGAUCACAGCCAGGACAACAGAUUCUCUCUCAACUGCAAUCUCCCCCUCAACCUCCCCACCCCCCUCCCCCGCCUCAAAUCCAACAAGAAGUGCUGCAACAUCAGUUUGUCAACCCGGCUCAAUUGUUUGUACAACAACCUCUGCCUACUGCUCCGCGAUCCCGAUACACCCAACUCUCUCCUCAGUAUGGCGAACCGCCUUCCGUCUCGAGUGCUAGCCCUUCCCAAAUGCCACCGGCUACUUUGCCGGUUCCGCCGCCAGUCAUGCCUGUUCAUCCUCCUAUUAGUCCUAGACCGAACACCCAAAACAACCAAAGACAAGCCAAUAUUGAUACACCGCAAACACAGCCUAUCAUUAAAUCCGAACCCACGCCAUCCAAGAUCUCUCCCAAAGUAGAACCCCAGAAAGAGCUUUCUACACCUAUUGUGACGCCGAAACGACCCCAGCCUGCUCCAUCGCUGGUGACACAUGCUACUCCGCAAGUCAUGAUCCCAGCUCCUUCCCCAGUCAUUCAAGCAAGAAUUCAAACCCAGACUCCCCAGAAGCAACCUCAACCACAGUAUAUUGAAAAGAACAGACAGCUGUCUCAGUCAAAUGUCGAAAAGCAUGGGAAGCCCACGCCUGCCAAGUCUGCGAAGCCUCCAGUCGACUAUCAGGUUCUGCUGUUGUCCUUGGCUGAUGAAUAUCUAAAUGCUGCUCAUGGUCGUGGAACAACGACUUCAUUGACCGCUCGUGAGAUGGACGUCGAGGAAUAUUACAAGCUGGUUGCUACCGGAUUGGGCUGUUUGGAGGCUGUCUUGAAGAACUGGCGAUUGCAACCUCGCAAAGAAGCUCUUGUUAGACUUCGGUACGCGCGUACAUUGUUCGAGGAGACAGACAAUGACAUCGAAGCGGAAACAGCAUUGAGUAAAGGAAACCGUAUGCUUGACUUGAAAUACAGCAUGCAGCACCUCUUGGCACGAAUGCUCCACAAGAGUAACCCUAAAGCUUCUUUGAAAGCGGUCGAUGGGAUGAUUCAGGAUGUGGAAGCGUACCGCCAUGCCGCAUGGGAGUACGCAUUUCGUUUCCUUCGAGUAUCACUCUCGUUGUCAUCCCCGUCACACCAAGACUCCGUGCAAGCGUUACAGCAUCUUCACAAGAUCACGGCGAUGGCUAGUCGUAAUGGGGACAAGGCUGUUUCGGCAAUGGCGGCUGUCAUCGAAUCACUUGCGCACUUGCAGCAAGCUACAAAUUCCGAUUCUAUCGAGCAGGCGCAGCGCGCCGUGGCCGCCGCGCGAAGCCAUCAACUGAAUGAUGAGCUUCGCCAUAUACCCCAACUUACGACAUUGAUUCAAAUGGUCGAUAUCUGCUGCAGUCUUCUAGAGUACGACGUCAACCAGUCUGGACAGAAGCUGAAGGUCAUGCAGGCUUUGAUGGACGAAACACUGAGCGACAGCAACUGGCGUCCUGAUGGGUCAUUUUCAGUCCCUCUCAACGGUAAAUCCGCCGGGCCGUCAUCCAUCGACACAGGUGACAUCUUACAGGUCCAUAAUGGGACAUUGCUAUUAAGUUUUAACUGGCUUCCUCAACAUGAUCUUUAUGCGCUUUGCUAUUUCCUAAGCUCAAUCACGCUCAGUGCCAAGAACUCGUAUGAUGGCCGAAAAGCAGAGAAGUAUCUCGAGGAAGGGCUUCGAAUGGUUCAAGGAAAUUUCAAGGCCCCCCAAGAAAUUCCAGAAUCCAUGGUCAAUGCCAACCGUCGGGUUCAAUGGCGUCAGUCUCUUUACUGUAACCUUCUCCUCCAACGAGUUUUCCUGGCUUGCGCUCGAACAGAUUGGGAUUUUGCCAACCAGACUCUCAACGACCUUCGACAAGUCUUCGAAGAGCUCGGUUCCAAUCUUCCAGACACCAUCGAAUGUCUGAUGGAAUAUGCCGGCGGCACCAUCGCACAAGCAACUGGAGACCUCGACACCGCGCUGAACAUCUUCCAAUCCCCAAUUCUGUCACUAGACCCCGCUACCAGCAAGACAGGACGCAACGACCCCUGUCGUGAUACGCGCAUCCUCGCCGGUCUCAACACAGUCCUUAUCCUCCGUGAUCCAAGUCACCCGUCGCACCCCCUGCUCACUGCUGUUCUAGCAACCCUCGAACCCUUCUGCCAAAGCAGUCCAAACAAGUACAUACAAGCUGCCUACUUCCUGGUCUGUGCGACCGUUCACUCCGAGUCAACCAUCCAAACAAAACAGUACCUUCAGCAAGCUCUGCAGUCCGCCACCGCAAUCAGCAACAGCCAAAUCACCUGCAUGACCCUAACAUUCAUGAGCUGGAAGUACUUCCGCGGCGUGGUCGGCGAGCAAGCUGAGAAAAGCGCUCGAGCCGGCCGUGCAAUGGCCAAACGAGCCAAUGACCGUAUGUGGGCGAGCGUCACUGACGACAUGCUGGCUGAGACUUUGGAGCGACAGGGCAAGGGCGAGGAAGCGCAGGGCGUCCGCGAGGAAGGCCAACGCUUGGUCUCGGGUCUUCCGCCCCGCCUGAGACGUUCUGCCUGA